CUCCAUGUCCCAGGCGCCCCGGCGGGGCGGGGCCGGGCGGCCGGCGCCGGGGCCGGGGCAGAGGCCGCAGGAUGCUGCGGGGAGGCUGCCGCGCCGCGCUGGCCCGCCGCCGGCUCAGCUCGGCGCCGCGCGGGGCGGCGGCGGCCGCCGGCACCGCGCGGACCCCCGUGUGUCGCCUGCAGGAGGGCCUGAAGCAGACGCCGCUGCACGAGCUGCACCGGGCCCGCGGCGGCAGGAUGGUGCCCUUCGCCGGCUGGAGCAUGCCCGUGCAGUACGGGCCCGGGCACCUGGAGUCCCACCUGCACACCCGCCACCGCUGCUCCCUCUUCGACGUGUCCCACAUGCUGCAGAGCCGGGUGUAUGGCCGGGACCGCGUGAAGUUCAUGGAGAGCCUGGUGGUCGGGGACAUUGCGGAGCUGAAGCCGGACCAGGGCACCCUGACGCUGCUGACCAACGAGAAGGGCGGCAUUGUGGAUGACCUCAUUGUGACAAACACGUCAGAAGAUCACCUCUACGUGGUGUCCAAUGCGGGCUGUGCAGACAAGGACUUGGCCAUCAUGAAGGACAGAGUGAAGGAGCUGCAGGCUGCUGGCAGUGAUGUGCACCUGGAAGUCUUGGACAACGCUCUGCUGGCUCUCCAAGGUCCCUCCAUGGCACGGGUGUUGCAGGCAGGACUUUCCAAUGAUCUAGCCAAAUUGACCUUCAUGAACAGUGCGACAAUGACUGUCUUUGGCGUGCCGGGCUGCCGAGUCACGCGCUGCGGCUACACCGGCGAGGAUGGUGUGGAGAUCUCGGUACCCGCAGCGCGGGUGGUGGAGCUGGCUGAGCGGCUGCUCAGUGACCCUGAAGUGUGGCUGGCCGGGCUCGCGGCCAGGGAUAGCCUGCGGCUGGAGGCAGGGCUCUGCCUCUAUGGGAAUGACAUUGAUGAGACAACCACACCUGUGGAGGCCAGUUUGGUGUGGACCUUGGGGAAGCGUCGGCGUACAGCCAUGGACUUCCCUGGCGCGGCCGUGAUCAUGUCGCAAAUCAAAGAGAAGCCGAAGCGCAGGCGCGUGGGGCUCACCUCCGUGGGGCCCCCCAUCCGGCCGCAUAUGGCCAUCCUGGGUCCUGAGGGCAGGCCUGUCGGCACGGUGACCAGCGGGUGCCCCUCGCCCUCCCUGCGCAAGAACAUCGCCAUGGGCUACGUGGAGGCCGCGUACAGCCGCGCGGGCACAGCGCUCACCGUGGAGGUGAGGAAGAAGCACCACCCGGCCCUCGUCACCAAGAUGCCCUUCGUGCCCACCCACUACUACAUGGCCAAGUGAGGCCUGGCACCUGGGGGUGCACCAGUGUCCUCGGCCCCAUUAAACACCCCUGCCCCGCU